UGGGUUUUAUUAUUUUUAUUUUUUUUUGUUGCAGUUCUUCGUUUACCUGGUUUCUUCUUCUAUAUAUUUUCCACAUCUUUUUCUAUUUUUUACUCUUUCUUUUAAUAAAAUUUGUUGUUGAAAUAAUAUUAGAAUUUUUUUAGUUACAUUUUGAUUAUAGAGCAAGGAGAAUGAGAGGAUCAUUUAUGGUUUGAACACUCUUUAAGUCGGCUAAUUGAGUAACAAACAAAACAAAAAUGGAAAGUAGAAAAUUUUGUAGAGAAUGGAGUUCUUUGCCUUAGCUGCUGAUAUUGGUUCGCAGUUUUUGGAGAACAUAUUGGAAAAGGUGGAGGUCUUUAACAAGUUGUGGCCAUCUGUUUCCUAUCAUAACCGUAUCGAUGGAAGUAGGCAAACUCUCAAAAGAAAAUUGGAAACCUUGUGCUGUUUGGAGUACGAUAUUAAUAAAACCCUCGAAUUUGCGGAGUUUCAUUCUGGAAAGAAGCAAAAGAGGGAAGUUGAGCAUUGGUUGAGAAGUGUUCAAAGAAAGAAAAAAGAUGUGCAAGGCAUGGAACAACUAAUCGGAGAUCGAAAAUAUUCAUUAGCCCCAUGGUGGGAGAGGCGCCUUGAGAAGGAAAUUCAAGAAGUAGAAGAGCUUUGUGAGCUGGGAAAAUUUGAUAGUCUUGUGCUUGAUGCAGAUGAAAGUAGUAGAGUGGAAUUAUUGACAACAAAAUUGGUGGGUCAAAAUUCAAAUGAAGUUAUAGGAAGAAGCUGGGCAUGCUUGAUGAAUGAACAAGUGCUAAGAAUUGGCGUUUAUGGGGUAGAGGGAGUUGGGAAAACAGAGAUUAUGGCUCAUAUCUAUAAUCAACUCCUUCAAGAUGAGACUUUUGAUCAUGUUUACCAGGUCAAUUUAUCUGGUGAUUUCAGCAUUCACAAGUUGCAGAGUGAUAUUGCUAGAGAAGCAGGGCUUGAUCUCUUUGAAGAGGAAGAUACAAGGAAGAGGGCAGCAAACUUACAUAAAGGACUAGUAAAAAGAAAGAAAUAUGUGGUAAUGUUAGAUGGUCUUUCAAGUUACUUUAAUGAAGAUGAGGUUGGAAUUCCUGCUCCAGUGCAAGGAUGCAAGCUAAUUAUAAGCUCUCGAUCAUUGAGGUUAUGUCAAAGGAUGGGCUGUCAGGAAGCCAUUGAAAUUGAGCCGCUUCCUUACAGAGAAGCAGAGAUCUUAUUUAGGAAAAAUACAGGGCUUUCGGACUUUGCUCCAAAUGUUGAACAGAUUGCGAAGCAAAUUAUUGUGGAAUGCGGAGGCUUGCCUGGUAAAAUAAUUAGUACUGCUGUUAGACUGAAUGGAGUAGAUGAUAUAAAUGAGUGGAGAUGCACAUUGAACGAACUCAGAGAGUGUAGAGGCAGCUUCAGUGCUGUAAGACUUAGUUGAGCAACAGGAAUUAUGUGUUGUAUUUUGGAUUUUACAUCUGCAAUGAUUGGUUGUUACAAUAAUAUUUCUUAGCUUAAUUAUUAAUUA